AUGAUCAAGAAUUCAUCCACGCCAUCACCAACAACCACAACAACAUCGGAAGAAAUUCCACUCACCUACGUAUCCUCAUCGGACAGAAAAUAUGACGUUACAAUAUUUGGAGCUACAGGUUUUACGGGAACCUUGAUCGUUCGAUAUUUGAUCCAAAGAUUGGAACGGAUGGACAGUGUCGUGAAUUCGAGAAGAUUCUGUAUUGCCGGAAGAAACGAGAGUAAAUUAAAUAAUCUAGUAACUGCUCAUAAUAUUAACAUGUCAGAGAAGGGUUUGCACCAUUUGAUCAUUGACGUGAUGGUUAUUGAAAAGAUUGAGAAAGGCUCUCCGAAAUUGUUAGAUCUCACUCGGAAUACCAAAGUGUUGCUUAAUGUUGCUGGACCGUUUAUUGCGUGUGGAGGUCUUGAGAUUGUUGAGAGUUGCGUUGAAACAAGAACCGAUUAUUUGGACAUUACAGGAGAACCUGAAUUUGUAUUGGAAUCGGCUGCCAAGUUUCAUGAAAAAGCCAAGGAAAACCAUGUGAAAAUUAUUCAUUGUUGUGGGUUUGACUCCAUCCCGAGCGAUUUGGGAACAAACAUCUCUUUGAAUAUGAUCAAGAAGAAAUUGGAAGAUGUUGGCGUGUUAAGCCAUAUGACUUCUCAUAACACUGUCUUGUCACAAUCGUCGUCAAGCUCAACACCAGAAACAAUUAUUUCCACUAAUGGAUAUCUUGCGUUCAAUUUGCCAGGAUUUGUAUCGUAUGGCACAUUUAACACACUCGUCACGAGUUUGGAGAAUUAUAGUAUUUUCAGUGGUAAGAAGACGAAUGAACAACAAGUUCAAAAGAUGACCAAAAAGAAGUCCUACAGUAAGAGAGGUACAAAAUAUCACACGGGUCUCCAACAUUACAUUAUUCCAUUCUCAACAAGCGAUCCAUUGAUUGUGAGACGAUCCAACUUUUUAAUUGGAUAUGAAUCAAAAUUUAGUUCCAACCCAACUCCUCCUCCAACAAGCUCCAAUCCAUCCUCUUCAUCUGAUAGAGUGUUCGAGUACAACAAUUACUUGCAAAUUUCUAAUCUCUACUAUUUAUUUCUAAUGUAUUUAUUCUUCCUUGUCAUGCUGAUCAUGACAAGAUUUUCAUUUGGAGCCCAAUUUUUAAGAUUCCUCUAUUCCUUAAAGAAGAAUCCAACACAACAACAAAGAGACGAGAGUAGUUUCGACUUUGUAUUUGAAACAUUUGGACGUGUUCAAGAUGCAACCACUUCUGAACCUGUGCUCUUCAAAUGUAAAACUCGUGUGUUCAACAACAAUGAUCCAGGAUAUACUGAAACAGCUGUCUAUGCUCUUGAUAGUGCACUCUUCUUAUUGACAAACCCACAUGCACAGACAGCAAGUCCUGGAGUUGUUACACCUGGUGCUGUAUUUGGAGUGGAAAGCUGUGGCGAUGAAUAUUUGAAAUGUUUGGGACAACACACCACUCUUAAAUAUGACUUUGUUGAAUUUAAAUAUGUCAAAGCAUCCAAUAAGAAGGAAUAUGAAGAAUUGAAGAAGGAAGUGUCUCAAUUUUUAAAGCUUGAUUAA